CCUUGCACCUUGUCAGGAUUUACGAGGCGGUCCUGAAGGCAGCAGCAGCAGCCCACAUAACGCUGGUGUGGAGCAGCAGGAACAGAAGGCCAGCCUGCACGGCUCCUCGGAGGCGGAUAAUCCUCAUCUCCACACCGAGUCCUCAUUCAGUCAGGAGGGGAUCGCUGCAGCUCACCUGCAGGGAGACACGUUUCGGAGGCGAAUGCGAGGAGCGAUCAGGAAAAGCGCGUCUGUGAGAGAAGCCGGGAUCAGGAGAGGAAUGGAUGUUUGCGCGUCACGUUGUCUUUAUUUUGUAAAUAGCAGAAUCUGAUGAGCCGAUGAUGUGACAGCUGCUGUCGCAUUUCAUGUAACUGGGAGAAACUAUUGAAGCAUUAUUUUUUAUUAUUAUUACUGUUAUUAUUCCAGCACAAUGGUGACCUACAAUCUGGCUUUAACUUUCAUCGCUGCGGCUCUUUGGCGGGUCAGUGGCGAGCCGCUCACUAUUUCAUCUGCGACGCAGUUCAAUUCAACAUCAUCCUCCAUCAUCAGCCACGACGAACUGACACAUAACGUGACAGACGCUGCCGUGGGAUCCCGGAUCUCAUCCAUGAUGACGCAUCUUCCAACUCUGAAAAACAUAGUUAUCUUCAUCUGCGUGCUAACAGCUGCUCUCAUCACAUGCCUGGUCAUCAAAGUGGUCAGAUCUGGCAGACGAAUCAGGAAGACACGAAAGUACGAUAUUAUAACUACACCUGCGGAGCGAGUGGAGAUGGCCCCUCUUAAUGAGGAGAACGACGACGAGGAUGACUCAACCCUCUUUGAUGUCAAAUACAGGUGAAUUCCAGCUCGGACAUCGAUAUUUGAUGACUCCAGUUUUUGCCCGAGACAGCUCAAGUGGUUUCCUGUAUUUUUGUUGUUGCCAAGUCUUACCAUAUCAGACUCGUGCUGCUUGUGCAUGGCUUCUAUCUGUGUUUAAGUGACAUACGGAUUUCAUUGUUUUGCUGCUUUGGUGUGGCCCCAGUGAUCCACCCAGGUACUUUUAAAGUUAGACAUGAGGAGCCUUCGUGAAUUCACUUGUCGUGGUUCGGAGCUCCAUCACAAUUCAUUAUAUGGAAAUGACAUUUUCUUUUCUGACCAUUUGAAUAUUCUUUCUGCACUUGAGCUGCGGUGUGUUGGGCUGAGGAGUUUAUAGCUAAUGUCAAAGCUUGGCUAUGUUGUUAUUUUAAAGCAGGGUUAAUCACACUUUGUGAUAUGUACAUGAAUGCUUGGUGGCUGCUGCAGACCAUAACUUGCAUAAAAUGUUCCUAAACAACAGAUAUUUUGCAGAGAAUACUUUCUUCUAUUUGCAGAAUCCAGUGAAAUACAGUAAUUGAUAUUUUCUAACUAAACCAAAUAUCAUCUCUAUCCACUAACCACUUUAUCGUGCGUAUAUACUGUUAAAGGUUUUCUGUCCUUACGUAUGAAGUGAGCGUAUAUUUUUUUACCGCCCGUCUCAUUUUGCUGCUAUCUCAGCUUGGGAGUUUUUUCCAAUUUGACUAAAAGCUCAAAGAUUAUUGUCUGGAUAUAUUUGUAAGAUAUUUAUAGAGUACAUCACUUUACUAUGAAUGUGAAUGCUGUAAUCUGUUGAUUCAUGUGACGGCUUCAUUUAAUCAAGGAACCACUGAACAGUAUCAACAACAGGUUUAAAGAUCGGGAUUAAUAUACACCCAGUAUUUAGUUUUUUAAAAAUAAUAUCGUAUUUUUUUGCCGUGUAAUGUCUGGUUACUAAAUUAAAAAUGGCCACCGACGAGUAUAUUUCUUUUAUAUGAUAGCGCUAACCAUUAUGUAAAGUCUCUCACUAUAACAUCUAUUAAUGGCUGUUGAUUCUUCUCAUUAAAUGUGAUUGAAGUGUAUUAAAUGUACUAUUUUAGAUGCAGCGCAGAAAGACAAACCAGUACAAACUGCCAUGUGUAGUAUCUCAGUGUAUAUUGUUCCUCGAGUACUUUUUUGCGAACCGACUGAUGAUGGAAAUGUUUUCGCGUUUAAAUUUAAAAAGUCCUCGAGUCAUUGGGUCCUUUAGAUAAAUCACUAUUAAAACACAAAGAACCGUUUCAUUCAGAUACCCAACAACCUACCAAAAAAGUCUGAUUCAACGAAAGGAGCAGCAGAAGAGUUUACAAGCCUUCUUUGUCUCCGUCUUGCACAAUAACUGUAAUUAGAGUGUUUGAAGACCAGGGCAGGAUAGACACGGAUUAGGUUUCUGCAGCAAAUGCGAGCGUGGUCGUCGCAGGUGACCUUCUGUUUUAAUCCAAACUGUCAUUCGAUAGCACGCCGAGUCCUACAGGUGCAGCUGUCCAUCCCCCGGUUAAUGAGAGAGAAAAAAGCAAAGCGGCGACCAAUCCCGUACAAUCUGGUCAACUCUAUUUUUUAUUGUAGGAGACAGAACAUUGUGCUUUUUUCUUCCUUUGUUCAAGCCAAAGUUAUUUUCAGAGGACUGAUUGUGGGGUUUUUGUUUUCUUUGUCCCUGUUUAAUACAAGCAGAGUGUGAAUGAAAAUUAUUUAGAGAAUCAUAUGUAAAACUUUUAAACAUAUUUUUGAUAUGAUGUCUUUAGUAUACUUUAAGCAGACUGUUGGUUAUUUCAUGUGUUCUCCAUCAGACUAUAAGACCUCUGCUUAUUUCUGUAACGCGUCAUGUGUAACUUUGGUCUUUCACUGUAUAUGCAGAAGACUGCAGGUCCAUUUUUUUUUAUGCCACUACUAAGUUUUUUGUUUCCCGUCUAAACCAAGCAUGACACCUUUUGGUAAUGACGUUUAUUUUAUUUUCAGUUGUGUGUGAAAUUGUGGAAAAAAACCCAGCGCGUAUAAAAAUGCUAAUUGUGGACUUUUAUUAGAACAGAAUCAUCCGCUACAGAAAGUUACUCUUGUAAAAUACAUCAAAGUCAUUGUGGUAGCUGUGAAGACUGUAGCUAAUUUCCCUAAUGCCACAUUUAAACCAAAAAAAAAAAAAAAAAGCUAAAUGUUCAAACUGUUUUGGAAGUCUACGGAAAACAAGUCUCAGCUUGGUUUCUGACACAGAUGUUACUUGUACCCACGGCUGUUUCCUCAGUUUCCAUUUCUUUGAAACACUACUGAAAUAAAACAGCUUCCUUUGAAGUGUUAAAUCAUUUUA